AUGGCGACCGCCUCGACAGCUGCGGCGGCGGCUGCGGCGGCGCAGGGGAACCCGACGAAUAGCAAGACAUCGAUGCGGCUAGCUGACGCCUCCGAUCCUGAGCGCGACAGCAUGGAAUACCAAGACGCCGAUACACCGGAGCAAGGAGACAAGGAAUGUAAGAGAAGACUAAAGCCUCAAGCACGCCCCCGUGCCUCCAUAAAAACACGUAUUAAGAACCCUUGGAAAGACACACCCAAGCAGCCACCACCAGGACCAAGAUGGCUCAGCUCGGAUGACUCGGAGGACGAAGAGGAGGAAUGGCCUUCGCUACACAGAGAACACAAGACAAAAGCCAGAGGUGAAUCACGAUGGAGAUCCCGCACCAGAACAUCAAAUCCAGCCAACCCGAAGAGGUCCAAGAAGGCAUCACGCUCCCAGUCCCGGUCAAGAUCGAGCACAGGAGACGAGGACAUAGAUAUCCCCCGCCCAAAACCCCACUACCCGCAGCUCAACCCUAAGCCCAGGGCUCCAGGGAACAAGUCGGAGAACACAGAUCACAAAAAGGGGGACCCUAUCGACAGCGAGAACCUGGGCCAUCCUAAGAAGUAUGAUAGAUCCAGAAAACACAAAGACCGCAACUACGCGAACCCUCAGAACACUAACCGGCACAUACCAAGGCGACAAUGA